CCCGGAUUAGGGUUUUGGGUAUAAAGGGCGAGCGACGGGGAGAUGGCGGCCGGCGCUCUCGUCUGCUCUCUGGAGUUCUCUCCCUCGGCGUUUAGACCGUCGGAACAAGGCAGGACCCGACGGUCGUACGCUUCACGAUGACGAAGCGCACCAAGAAGGCUGGAAUAGUUGGCAAAUAUGGUACCAGAUAUGGUGCAAGUUUGCGGAAGCAAAUCAAGAAAAUGGAAGUUUCUCAGCAUGCAAAGUACUUCUGUGAAUUCUGUGGGAAGUAUGCCGUGAAAAGAAAAGCAGUUGGGAUUUGGGGCUGCAAGGAUUGUGGGAAGGUCAAAGCAGGCGGUGCUUACACGUUGAACACUGCUAGUGCUGUUACUGUGAGGAGCACUAUUCGUCGACUGAGAGAACAAACCGAAGGGUGAAGAGCUGAGGAUUGUGCAUUCAUGCAAUUCAAGUGCUAGUUUGGAUCAGCGAUGCAUUAUUAUUAUUAUUAUUAUAUAUGAGAAACUUUGAUAAAUAUGGAUAUGCUAAAUCUAGUAUUUUUGAAGCAUGCUACUGCCAGGAGAUAUACUUUGACUUUGCAAACUCAGUUUUUCUUGCAGCAGAAACCAUGGAAUUCUCUUUGUUGUGCUGACUAGAAGAAAAACAAUUCUUUAGGCAUCUGAUUACUUUUGGAUGAUUUUUUUUAA